AUGGGUCCCCACAGCGUCCACAUGAGGGGGCUGCCAUACAAAGUGACCGAGAAUGACAUUUACAAUUUCUUCUCUCCACUCAACCCCGUGAGAGUGCAUAUGGAGAUUGGCCCAGAUGGAAGAGUGACCGGCGAAGCAGAUGUAGAGUUUGCCACUCAGGAAGAGGCUGUGGCGGCAAUGUCGAAAGACAGGGCUAACAUGCAGCACAGAUACAUAGAGCUCUUCUUGAAUUCAACAACAGGGGCCAGCAAUGGGGCAUGCAGCAGCCAGGUGAUGCAAGGCAUGGGGGUGUCAGCAGCCCAGGCCACUUAUAAUGGGCUGGAGAGCCAGUCAGUGAGUGGCUGCUACGGGGCUGGCUACAGUGGGCAGAAAAUCAUGGGUGGGUACGACUAGUUUUGUAGGAACAUUUAAGUUUUUUCAAUCAAAUUUUCACAGGCAGCCAACAAGCAAUGAAGAGCAG